CCUACGACGUCCAGACGUGUACACUUAAGUUUGGAUCGUGGGGUUUUGGAAGUACAGAAAUAGAUCUACAGAAUAAGUCAGACUCUGCUGAUCUGUCUGCAUAUGAACCAAGCGGAGAAUGGGAAUUACUGUCCACUGACGCUAUACGGCAUUCUAUAAUGUACAACUGUUGCACGGAACCUUACAUUGACGUUACAUACUACAUCAACAUUAAACGGAAACCUCUCUAUUACACAUUCAACGUGAUCUUGCCCUGUAUGUUCAUAGUGAUCAUCUCGCCAUUUUCGUUCCUCGUGCCCCCAGGAUGUGGCGAGAGGAUACAAUUAAGCACAACGUUGUUUUUGUCUCUUACUGUGUAUAUGCUGUUUGUUGCCGAACAACUUCCAGUUCAGUCUGAGGAUGUACCUUUAGUAGGUGAGCAAAAUAUUA